CUAGGACGCUCCCGACGCGAGCAUAGUCAUUCGAAUCCAGUAUUAGUGCGGUGUAGAGUGCUCGGUGUUUUGUAAUCCACUUACUCGAAUUCUCCUCUCUCUCUCUCUCUUUCUCUCUUUCUUCGUCUUUCUCUCUAUCUGUUCUUUUCUUUUUCUCGCGCGACUACGAUCGAUUAGUGUAUAAAGAUGCCUUUCAAGCCCGUGGAACAUCCAAAAUGCCCUAAAUGUGGCAAAUCCGUUUACGCCGCAGAAGAACGAGUUGCCGGUGGACUGAAAUGGCACAAAACGUGCUUCAAGUGCGGUCUUUGCGGCAAACCGCUCGACUCGACAAACUGCACCGAGCACGAGGGCGAGCUGUUUUGCAAAGUCUGCCACGGCCGCAAGUUCGGCCCUAAGGGCUACGGCUUCGGUGGCGGAGCUGGCUGCCUGUCCAUGGACCAAGGCGAGCAUCUUCAAGCGAAGAACGAGUGAGUGCAUCUGCCGUCGCCCGUCAACCUCGACCCUCGACACCCUCUCUUCUUCCCUUAUUCCUGAGUAGCAUACCACUACCAACGUGGCCCCACGUCGGAAGCAUCUCUGUUGUUCUACCCUUUCCACGUAAAGACACCCUCCACGUGCGCGAAACUGAAAAAUCGACCGACCAACCGACCAACCGUCGUACACAAAUGCCCUGUGAUCCAUCGGCAUGAUUCUUCUCUUGGUCAAUCGCGCCUCCAGCAACGCUCGGAAGAAGCCGGCUGCCUGCACAAACUUCCAGGAUACCGGAGAACACGCGUCUUACGCCGCGUAUACGUGUACAGCGUGUCCGACAGAGUGAACCGCGUUUUUCUACGUUUCCUCCUUACUUCCCCUCCCUACCCCCUCCCCCCUUUUUCAAGUUCCCGAUGCAUGACGAAGAGAGAAUCUCGUCCGCCUCGGUUUCCUUUUUGUUUUUCUCCCUCGUAAAAAUUAGAUCUAGACGGUCCUUUGUGUCCCGAUAGUUGAAUCUAGACGGUCCCUUAGGACCAGACUGUUCUAUUCCCACCUUUGGAGUCUGUCAUUACCGUAGGCGAGUAUGUCAUCGCAUGUUUCUCUGUCCUCUUCGAAAAAGAUCCGUCCUUACCUGACCUUACUUGUCGUAUCACCGUCGUGCAUCAUCGUGCGAACGACGGUUCAAAAUUUUAGUCGAGUCCACGUUUAAAUUUUAAUCCUUUUCCCCGAAUCCGUUUCCUCAUCGUCUCCCGGUGUGACUGGCCAACCUCGUCACGUCCGAUCGAUUGAAUUGUUCUCUCUCUCUCUCUCUCUCUUUCUCUCUUUCUCUCUCUCUCUCUUUUCUUUCUUCUUCUUUUUCCAUUUAUUUUUUUUUCUUCUAUGCGAAUACUUACGCUAGUUUAUAGGAUCAUUUGUACCAUCUGUAUUAAGUGCCAUUAAAAGUGGAAAAAAGGGAAAGAUAAAACUGGAAACAAAACAAAA